GAGAAAGCUCCUCAGCUCCACUAUAUAAGACUGAGCAGAUCAAGAGGGGACCAUGGCACAGCUUCAAGAGAGAAGAACAGCACAAAUCAGCGUACUUAAAAAAUCCUUCUCUCAGACGCUCCACAAAAAAAGAGCACAGAAGCUUAAACAAUGAGAAGCGCUCACUCUUUGGCUGGAAUCCUGCUCCUCAUCGUGAUCCAAAGCAGCUGGCAGAUGCCUGACCAGGACACAGACCAAAAUCCCAUGCAACUGGCUGAAAACUCCAUGCUGAGUGAACCCAUUGAGCUCCCAAACAUGAAGAGACACUCAGAGGGAACAUUUUCCAACGAUUACAGUAAAUAUCUGGAGACGAGAAGAGCACAAGACUUUGUCCAGUGGCUAAAGAACUCAAAAAGGAACGGGAGCAUAUUUAGACGCCAUGCAGACGGCACCUACACCAGCGACGUGAGCUCCUACCUGCAGGACCAGGCAGCCAAGGAGUUUGUGUACUGGCUUAAGACUGGCCGAGGCAGAAGAGAGUGAACUCAACCAGUAGCUGCCUAAAUAAUCCGACAGCUCACACUGACACUGUGCUAUUAUAUGUUUCACGAUCUGUGCUAGACUUUUUUUUUUCUUUGUCAUGCUAUUAAAAUCCCCUCCUGAGAAGCUCUGUCGGCCUUCAGUGGUUGAAGGAAGUGUUGUCAAAAUGCAAAAAGUUACAGUAUGUUUUAAAUGUGUCUCGAUCAUAAAUGCUGUGUGAUCUUUUGAUCAAGCAUUCACAUCAUGAUUCAUUUGUUCACAUUUUGGCAUCUUCAUCCUCCUCCUCACAUAAAAUGUGUCACAUUAUUGAUCUGAAGUGCGAUAAU